AAAAAAAAAAAAGAAAAAAAAAAAAACACAGCAUUUCUAAAUUCGUGACGUUACUCACAAUGUAUAGCUGUUUAUUUUUUUUCUUUUCCUCUCAUUUCUUUUUCUUUUUAAUACACGAUGCAAAAUCAACCUCAAAUGUUUCAACAACAUCCAGGGGUGAUUCCUGCUGCUGGAGGCAUUAUGCCUCCACAAGGAAUACCUCCACAGGGAAUUCCUCCACAAGGGAUACCACCACAGGGAAUACCACCACAAGCUAUGCCCUUAGCAGGUGGUUUACCUUAUAGAAAAAGACCUAGUGAAGCAGACACUCUUUCAAAGCAUAUCAAGAAAAAGAGACCUACAGAUAAAAAUAUGCCUUCUGCCAUUGAAUCUUUUGUGCCAGAAUCUAGGUUUUACUCUGAACUUGUUGAUUUUGAAAAGAAGUUAGAUACAACUAUUAUGAGAAAGAGAUUAGAUAUUCAAGAAGCUUUAGGCAAGCCUAUCAAGGUACGCCGUAUACUUCGCCUCUUUGUUUCCAACACAACUUCCAGUAGCACAUUCAACCUAGAAGAUGAAAAUGCAUUUGAUUUAAACAACGGCAACGUACCUUCUUGGACGUUGAAAAUUGAAGGCCGUUUGUUGGAUCCUACUUCUCCUGAAAAAACCGAUCAAUCUGCACCCAAGUUGACCAGCUUCUUUCGCUCAGUUGUGAUUGAACUAGAAAGAGAUCUGAAUAUGUACCCCGAAGGCAACUUGAUAGAAUGGCAAAAACAACCCAAUGUACCUGAAUUCGAUGUUAUACAAGUCAAAAGAAAAGGAGACAUUGAUGUUAAAGCCAAUAUUAUGUUACAUCUCGACCACAAUCCACAAAAAUUCAAAUUGAGUCCUGCCUUGGCUGAUUUACUAGAUGUCAAGGUAGAAACAAAACCGCAAAUUGUUAUGGGCAUUUGGAAUUAUUGUAAAUAUCAUAAGCUUCAGGAUGUUGAAGACAAGAGACUCAUUCGAUGUGACAAUCGCUUAGCUCAGAUAUUUGGAUAUCCUCAGCUUCACUUUUCACAACUUCCUGAAUUAAUCAUACAACACUUAAGUCGACCUGAUCCUAUUGUUAUUAACUAUACCAUCCGUGUUGAUAAGCCAUUCCAUCAAUCAUCCAAAGCAUACGAUAUCGAAGUAGAACUCGACAGCCCUGUCCGCCAAAAGAUGAUACAUGUUGUUUCCUCGACACAGACACAAAAAGAAAUUAUGGCAUUAGAUGACAAGAUUAUUCAAUGCGUUCAAAGUAUCAACAACAGCAAGAUUAAGCAAGACUUUUUAAUGCAGUUUUCAAAAGAACCUGUUGAGUUUAUUAACAAAUGGAUUGCAAGUCAGGCUAGAGAUUUGGAAGUCAUUUUAGGUGAAAGCAAGACUAAUUUGGAAGAAAUGAGACAGACUGAAUUCUAUAAGCAGCCUUGGAUGAGAGAAGCUGUAUUUCAUUAUUUAACAACAAAGACACAACAACGCAUGCAAGAACUACUUGGUUUCACGCAAUAAACAAAGUAUACUAUAUGAUAAACAUUAUAUAUAUAUAUAUAUGC